GCGUGUAGAAGGAGUCCAGCAAGCUAGCCAAGAUGUCCAAGGGCGACCCACGGGACAUUGAUGAGGAUGCCAUCCUCAAGGGCCUCAGCGCGGAGGAGCUUGAGCAGCUCGAGUGUGAGCUGCAGGAUUUGGAUCCAGAGAAUGCCAUGCUCCCCGCCGGAUUCCGUCAGCGCGACCAGACCAAGAAGUCCCCGACGGGCAAUUUUGACCGGGAUGCUCUGCUGGACCACCUUGAGAAGCAGGCCCUGGAUCACAAGGACCGCGACGACCUGGUACCCUUCACAGGAGAGAAGAAAGGGAAGACAUUUGUUCCUAAGGAGGGGUCAGGAAAGAUCCCCGAUCACGAGCAGAUCACCCUGGAGCCCGAACUGGAGGAGGCCCUGAGGAACGCAACAGAUGCUGAGAUGUGUGACAUUGCAGCUAUUUUGGGAAUGUACACACUCAUGAGCAACAAGCAGUACUAUGAUGCCCUUGGGGCAACUGGGAAGAUUGCCAACACAGAAGGCAUCAACAGUGUAGUGAAGCCAGAUGAGUUCAAACUGUUCCCAGAGGAGCCCCCAAAUACCACCAAUGUUGAGGACACUCUGUCAAGAAUUCAGAAGAACGACAGCGGUCUGCAGGAAGUCAAUUUGAACAACAUACCGGACAUUCCCAUCCCAACGCUGAAAGCGAUUUUUGAGGCCAUGAAGUCCAACUCUCAUGUACAGGUCCUGAGCGUUGCCGCUACCCGUAGCAAUGACCCUGUUGCAUACGCCAUUGCCGAGAUGCUUGCCGUUAAUAAGCACUUGUAUAGUCUUAACAUCGAGUCCAAUUUCAUCACCAAUGAGGGCAUGAUGGCCAUUGUCAAAUCCUUGGGCUCAAACUCAACACUUGGAGAAUUAAAGAUUGACAACCAGAGGCAGAAACUGGGGGACUCAGUGGAGAUGGAAAUUGCUACCAUGCUGGAAAACAAUUCCAGCAUUAUCAAGUUUGGAUACCAUUUCACCCAGCAAGGCCCACGAGCCCGGGCAGGGAUAGCCAUCACCAGGAACAAUGAUUUCAUUCGUCAACAGAGAGUAGGAUGAGGGGAAGCAGAGGUCAUCUUCUUUCCAACGGUCGUCUAAAAAGCCUCCGAGGCGUCCCUCUGACAUGACUGUGACUGGCCCGCGCCGCUCAAUGUAACCAAGGACUCCAACACCUCCUUUUCUACCAGCAUUGGUAGUCCACUGUGAAAAAAUGCCAUUUAACAAAAUGUCUUCUGUGAAUAUGAAUACCAUCAUCAUGCUUUGCUGUCUGUAGCCCUUGGGAUUCAUACAGCCAGUGGAAUGGAUGCAAUAAAGGCGCUGUGCUUGUCAUGCUGUGAGAGAAAGCUUAUGCAUAUUAGCUGUGUAGAAACAACAGGGAAAAUGUUUGUUGUACGUCAACUCAUUUCACCCAUCCAUGCCAAUUCUUCAGUACGGUGCUUCUAACAAACGUUCUUGUAAAUACUUUAAAUAAAAGACGCUUUUAAGUUUUGUAUUCCCA